GAUAGCCCGUAAUAAUGAGCACUCUGUAAGGCGUGAGAUAACCUACCAAAGCGGGGGGAGCACCGAGCGCAUUGUUUGUCACUGGUUGAUGCAAUAGCUUGACAGUGCCUUUACAUUGGCAAAGGGGCAUGUUAGGCAGGCUUGUCCGCGGUGCCGUCUCGGCAGCCGCCCAGCAAAGCCAGCGAUAUGAACAUCUGAUUGCCGGCAGGCUUAUGGUGGCGGACCUCGGUAAUUCGGCUGUCUUCAGUGAAGAUCGGUCUUCAGGGCGGCCAGAGUCAGUAUCUUGUGAUUCGGGGAACCCAUGCAGCAGCAGUUCUGACUCUGGCCGCGCUGUCAGCCAUGCAUACGCUAGCACGUCGCUUCGCUGCCAUGGGGACAGCUUGAGCACGUCUCAAGCACUGCCAUCAGAAAGCCUUGGCAGCAGUAUGCAGCUGCAGCAGCUCAGAGCGUUCGGCUUCCGCCCGCCCAAGCCCCGGUUCCAACUCCCGGAGCGUAUCGCAGCCAUCGUGCAGGAGAAAAUCCGCGCGCAGCGGGAAAGCGCACCGCAGGCGCCCCCUGCUCCCAAGCUGGAGCCACGGCCACUAACGGAAACGUCAUUGCGCGUUGGUUGCAUUGCCACCAAGGCGGGCAUGACACAGGAGUGGGACGAGCAUGGAGUGCGAAUCCCGUUGACCGUGCUCUGGAUCGAUGAGUGCCAGGUUGUGUCCGUAAAGACGCCUGAGGUGCACGGCUACAACGCACUGGUGCUGGGGGCGGGCUUCAAGCGGCAGAAGUGCAUGUCGCCCUCGCAGGCGGGGCUCUUCCUCAAGGCGGGUGUUCCCUUCAAGAAGAUGCUGGCGGAGUGGCCGGUCAGCGGCGACGCGCUGCUGCCUGUUGGCACCCACAUCGGCGGGGGGCACUGGGUGGCGGGGCAGAAGGUGGACGUCACGGGCUGGACCAAGUGGAAGGGAUUCCAGGGUGUGAUGCGGCGCUGGGGCUUCAAGGGUCAGCCCGCCUCGCACGGUGUGUCGCUGUCGCACCGCGCACCCGGUGCUAUCGGCAACCGGCAGGACCCCGGCCGGGUGUGGAAGGGCAAGAAGCUGCCCGGCUGCAUGGGCAACGAGCGGCGCACCGUACACAACUGCCUGGUCUACAAGGUCGACGCGGCACGCAACCUGGUCUACGUCCGCGGGCAGGUCCCCGGACCCGUGGGUCGCUCCGUGCUACUGCGCGACUCCCGCCUCGCCCCCGCCCGCCAGCGCGCCACCUGGGGGCUGCCCUUCCCCACUCACAUCCCCACCGCCGAGCAGCUGGCGGCGGCGCCCGCGCCCGGCGACGUAACGGCUACACUGCCCGAGCCGGCUGCGGUGGCGGUGUGGCGCAACCCGUCCGACCCCUACCUGAUGUAUCGCCAGGAGACGGAUUACUUCCCCAUUUCGUGGAAGAAGGGAGAUUGAGCGGGGAUGGGAGAUUGAGCGAGGGAUGCGGGGAGAGGAGGAGGGUAGGAAGGGAUGUGUGGGAUGGGGAUAAAAGGCGGCCGGUAUGAGUGGAUUAGGAGGUGGAGGAGCCGGGAAGCAAAGGUUGUAAGCCGGGAUUGGUACGGGACAUGGGUUAAUGAGAAGUCGUAUGUCGCUGUGGCAGCCUUGGUAGCAUAUACAUAAGUGAGCGUGGCUGUGUAGGGAGAAGGGCCUGAUCAUGUGACAUGCACCUCCCAUGGUAAGGGCCGGUGUGGUGAGGGGUAAUGUCUUAAUAGGGUUACUCGGAACGGGCUGUAAAUGUGGUGAGGGGGGGGGGCCGGACAUCUAGUACGGUAUGUGAGGGCAGGCCUGCCAAAGUGUGUGCGGAUGAGGGUGGACCGAACCGGGGCAGGCUGGGGACACCUGCUACGGACGCCAACACUUGUGCAGGCGGUGGCGUCAAGAGAUGGGACAGCAGGGGGUCUCUCAGUGGGUUCAGACACACCCUGGCGGUUAGUCACGUCCUAGAACCGCGUGGUGUUGUGCGUCAUGAGCGGUGUAUGGUACCGCUCGCUGCCUUUCUUAAGUGCGGGCCUGGUUACCGUACCGUUUUUAAUCAUCAUGAUAAUUGCCAGGGACGAUUUUGCUUUGUAACAGCGCUACACGGCGUAACAGCCCUCCCGGCGGAGUG